AAGGGCAAUUACCCAGAGUGCGCCUGGGCCGGAAGCGGCCAUUGUGAGGCUUCAAACUCCAGCGAUUCAGUGAGGAGGUCAGAACGCGCAAGGUGACUCUCAGUAGCCACUACAAUGAAUGUGCAGCGCCUCUCACAGCUCUUUCCCCAACUGCGGACUUUAGUAGCCAGGCACCUACGCAGGAACCUCGGCCUGUCUGCUGUGGCAUUUAAUAAAGCCAAGGAAUUGGACCCUGUGCAGAAGCUCUUUGUAGAUAAGAUUCGGGAAUAUAACACUAAAAGCAAGGCUGCCGGAGGAGGAGUUGUUGAAGUUGGACCAGAGUUUGACAAGGACAUGAGUGAUGAGCUGGCUAAACUCCAGAGAUUCUAUGGUGGAGGUGACCUCACUAAAUUUCCAGAUUUCAAAUUCACUGAUCCCAAGCUGGAAGACCUGACCAGCAAGUGAAGAGGCCACCCCACGUGUUUUUCCGGUCCAUAUGCUUGUGGUGCGGUAGAUGUUAUUUAAUAAAUAUUUGGGGAAAAAUGUUGCCAUA